AUGAGUGAAGGAUUUAUGAGCCACUUGUACGCAGUUCGACUGAAGCUUGCUGUGUCUAGUGAUCAUCAGCAAGCAGGGCCGAGCGGUCACGGCAAUGUUUCACACGGAGCGGGAGACAUUCAACUCUUUGAAUUUCCAGCCUUUGAAUAUUGGCCGACAACCAUUACCGAUCACCCGAGCUGCAGGUACUCAGGCUUCCGCCUCCAUGGCACCGUACCGCCAGCUCAACAAGUCAAUCACAACAGAAGAGGCUUUUGGCUGGCACCUGCCGAAGUAUUUUUACUGUUGCUAGCACCUAAACAUAGUACGGGAAGGCUCUCGAGGAGGAAGGGGCAAGUGCCGCAGAUUAUGUGGGUAUCUAUAACUACUCUAUUGAGUGCUCAAUUAUAUUUUAGUGCGCAUCCUGACAAAGGGAGGUUCUGCAGUGCAAGAACAGAAGAGAAGCGGAAACCAGGGGCAGAUUUUGAACAACCAAAAAGCCAAGCAGUCCUUAAGCCACAGGUAUAA